AUGCCUACCUGCUCUCAGGCCCCUAAAUUUGUCAUUACGCGAAGACUCUUCAUCACCCCACUGUAUCCCACGCACCAAUUCACAAACCAAACCAUCAUCGUAACUGGCGCCAACAAGGGUCUCGGCCUCGAAGCUGCGCGCCACUUCUACAGGCUUAACUGCGCCCGACUCAUCCUUGCCGUCCACAACCCCGACAAGGGCCAGGCGGCCAAAGCGGACAUCUUAUUAAGUGUUAAGCGCAGAGCAUGUUCCAAAUCAGAUACCACCACUAUUCAAGUCGGGCCUCUAGAUCUCCGCAGCACGGGCUCGACAAUCGCCUUUGCGGACCGGGUGAAGACCGAGCUGGAUCGCGUGGAUGUCCUCGUGGAGAAUGCGGCGAUCCACACGGCGGUUUUUGAGCCUGUCGAUGGGGGUCGAGCAGGCGGUUCAGGUGAAUGUGUUGAAUACAUGCCUGCUUGCGCUGUUGCUGUUGCCGAAGCUGCAGAAGAGUAG